AUGGAUCCAAAAGUAAUCAACGUGACGAACAUUGAGCCGACCGAGGCAAAAGUUCUCGAUCUCGAAGAAGAUUGUAAAUAUUGGGGAACGGAUUACAUUGAGGGAAAAAUCUGGUUGAUCGGUUUCUUCGGCACAUCACUCGCGCUGGCGUCGAUCAUUUUGAACACAUUUCUUUGCGUCGUCUACUUUCACACUCCAUCACUACGAAAAUCAGCUGUUCUGUAUUUCGGGGUGAUCGCCAUUGUCGACAUCCUACUCGGCUUCAACUAUAUCGCCGCGAUGAGCGUUCCCGUGAUCUUUGACCGUUACCACCUUCUCUGGUUAUAUCAUCUUUUUCUCUCUUGCGUGAAUUUUGUAAUCUGUGAAUCGAAUUGUGCCAUUUUCUCCUCAUCGCUUCUCAUCAUUUUGGCGACAACCGAGCGUUUAUUGAGGACAUUUCAAGUCAAAACAUCGACAGCAUUAAGAAGAUUCGUUGAAAAGAACCGAGUUUUCUUGUGCUUGAUGUGCAUCAUCGUUUCAAUUGGAUACAAGCUAUCCACAUAUUUCGAGAUUGAAGUAGUGGAGAAAGGGGAUUGUCCCGUUGAAUGGUUUGGCCGUUUCGAGAUCAAAACCUCCGAAUUCGUGAACAACAGCCCAUCGUAUCGUUUCUUUUGGAUGUUUCUCACGAAAUUCAUCAUCGAUCGCAUUUUGCCAUUCGUUUUGUUGCUGUUGAUGAAUUUCAAGAUUAUUGCGGCUCUAAAACAACAAACAUUUGUCCCGAAGAAAGCUCUCUUUGCGCCAAAUGCCUCAAUUAAAUGCAAUCGACAGAAUAUUCGGGAUGCUACCCGAACGCUGAUCUUGAUGGUUUCAAUGCACAUCAUUUCACAAACUCCACAGGUGAUUCUGAGCAUUUGGGAGUUCACGGAUCCAAAUCGCGAGCAAUUGGAGGGCGAAGAAUUGAAAGAGUUCUACUCGUAUGCGAAUGACAUCAUACCGAUUGUCACGCUGUUGAUGAGUUGUUUGCGAUUCCCGGUUUACCUCGCAAACAAUCGACAAAUCAACGAGGCCUCAUGGGGAACUCUUCGAGAUCUUUGCCAACCAUUGUGUGCAAAGAGAAAACCUCAAGACUAUCAUCCGAUCAAACAACCACCCACCGCCAGUCUCACCAAUGGAAAAGGCUCCGUCGAUUUGAGCAGGAUGGAGAAACGAAUCGAAGUGUUUGCAAAUGGAAACAAAAUCGUGAGCGGCCCGACAACCGAAUCGGCAAUCACCGAAACCACUUCGAACCAAUCAGCCACCCAUGACUACCACCUCAAUGAAUACAUUUUA